AUGUCAGUCGGGAAAGAAGACAAUGGGUGUGAGUUCGCAGUCGAGGCCAAGGCUGUUGAACCUCUGAAAAUCGUUCCGUCCUAUUUGGCCAGACAUGCGCUGUCUAGUGAAUUUGCGCGAGUGUGUCGGGAACCUAUUGAUGGAAUGUACGUCGUUCCAAGUGCCAAUGAUCAGUUCACCUGGUUUGGUCUUCUGUUCAUACGUCGUGGAAUAUUUGGUGGUGGCAUAUUUCGCUUCAGUAUACGGAUGGCAAGAGGAUUUCCGAACACAACAUAUCUUCCAGUCGUGAAAUUUGAUUUGCAUAUUUUUCAUCCCGAUAUAUGCCCCAUAAAUCGAACUCUCGAUCUCAGACGUUAUUUUCCUGAGGGUUGGAAGAAAGAUAAACAUCACAUUCAAAACGUCCUUCUCGUUGUGCAAGUACGUUGCUUUUCCCUUUUCACGUUAGUGACUCACAUUUUCGCUAAGAGAACAUGUGUGAAUCAAAGUCGAAUGGAAGUUUACGGUCAACCCGAAAACGCCGACGAUGCAAAUGUCCUACGGUAA